GGCAAAGAAAGGAAGAAAGAACGAAAGAAAAGAAAAGCCCCCGAGAGAGAGAGAGAGAGAGAGAGAGAGAGAGAGAGAACGAGAGAGGGGACUGAGUCGGGUUGGCGAGUCAAGUGACCGAAUCAAAGAUCUAAAAAUCUAAAAUCCACCUUCCAACCCAUCCAAACGAAAAAAACCACAGCGUGGGCUGGUGUGGCAAUAGCAAAAAAAUGGUGAACAAGGAGAUAAUAAGUCCUCUUCCUCUCCUUUACCUCUAUCUUUCCUUUCCCAUUCUCAUCAUCAUUGUUACUACAACAACUAUCUAUCCUUCUCUAACCCUAAGACUUCUCUAUCUCUUUAACUUUCGAGCCCCAUUCUUUUCUGCUCAACAAAAUUCCCAUUAUUAUUUUUUUACAUUCUCACCUAAUCUAUUUACCCUCCACCCUUCUCUUUCUCUUCCGUUUCGCUCUUUCCUCUUCUUGUCUCAUUCCUUCUUUUUCUUUUUUCUCUUUCGAGGGUUACUCAGUUUCUUCUGUACGCCCGUAUCGAGGAGGAUUAGUGAUCUUACUGGAGCAUCCUUCUGGUGAAAUAGGUGAUAACAACUUUGUCAGCAUGGAAGAGUUUUCUGGCACUCGGUUUGAUGGCAUGAACAAUGCUGUCAGGAAGAAGAGGACCCAAACUUCUCGUCGUCCUCGUCCUGACUCGCAGUCUUUUGCUGAAAGUCAAGAUCACUCACCCUUGUCAUCAACACCUCCUUCAGAUGAUGUGAGCAAGGUCUCUAGUGAUGAGAAUGCUGGUGGUGAUGCUAAUUCAAAGCGGAAAGAGUUCAAUCUUAAUCAAUGUGUUUGGAUUUCUCCUGCUGUUGGUUUUGAAGGUGAGAAAACCAAUAAAAGAAAGAAAGAAGAUGGGGGAUUCAAUGCGUUUUACAACAAUGAGCCUGGGCGAAGUGGGUCAAACAAUAAACGUUCUAGUGAAGGUGUUCUUGCCCCUGCUAAUUGGAAAAGCACAAGCAAGGCAAAGGAAUGGUCAGUAUCAGAAUCGAGGAAUGUGGAUAUAUAUGGUGGAAGGAAUGGUGAAUUUCAGAGUUCAGUGCAAGGAGCUGUUAUUGAUGGUAAUGAAAGCAAGGUUAAAAAAGUUAAGCUCAAGGUUGGUGGCGUUACUCGCACAAUUCAUGCCAACUCAGCAGCUAAUGGGAUGCCAGGGAGUGGGUCUUCUACCGGGAAGAACAAUCUUCAGGUAGUUACAGUGGUUUCUUUUAAGCUUUAUUUGGCUAAUUAUGGCAAUUUUGUAUUAAAAAAGGCUUUUCUUUCGAAAUUCAAUGUUGGUGUUCCUCUCAGUUAA